AUGUCAAGAGGCUCUCCUGACUCGGCAUUGACUCGAGCUCAAGAGCUGAUCGACGUCGGCAAGAAGCAGGUCGCCAUCGAAAUCCUGUCCGAUGCCAUCAACAACAAGAAGAACGCCUGGAGCAAGACGCUCGACGAAAUCAUGAUCAAGCUGAUUGAUCUGUGCGUCGAGACGCGCAAGAGCAAGCAGAUCAAGGACGCGCUGUACGUCUACAAGCAGGUCUGCCAGCACAUCAACCUCGCGUCGCUCGAGGUCAUCGUCCGCCACUUCCUCACGCUUGCCGUGUCGGAGGCUGAGAAGGCCCGCGAAAAGUCGGCCUCGUCCGCGCAGCUCGCCGACAUUGAGGACUUGGAGGCUGCAGAGACCCCCGAAAGCCUCAUGCUCUCGCUUGUCAGUGGCGAGGGCACCAAGGACCGCACCGAUCGCGAGCUCUUGGCGCCUUGGCUGCGCUUCCUGUGGGAUGCCUACCGCACUGUGCUUGACAUUCUGCGCAACAACGCCAAGCUUGAGGGUCUGUACGCCCACACGGCGCGCCAUGCCUUCUUGUUUUGCAUCAAGUACGCCCGCAAGACCGAGUUCCGUCGCACCUGCCAGCUUUUGCGCGACCACUUGGACUUUAUCCAAAAGUACUCGCACGUCCUGCACGCCGUCAACCUGACGCAGCCCGAGUCGCACCAGCUCCACCUUGAGCUCCGCUUUGACCAGCUCAACACGGCCAUGCAGCUCGAGCUCUGGCAGGAGGCCUUCAAGGCGAUCGAGGACAUUCACUCGCUCAUUGGUCUGUCCAAGCGCGCGCCCAAGCCCCAGGUCAAGGCGCUGUACUACCAGCGUCUGACCCAGGUGUUUUGGAAGUCGGAAAACCUGCUCUUCCACGCAAGCGCAUACCACCUGCUGUUUGUGCUCUCGCGCGAUUUCCGCAAAAACCUCCCGCAAGAGGAAGGCCGCGCCAUGGCCAACGCUGCCGUGCUCGCCACCCUCGCCAUUCCGAUCGCCAAGGCUCGCACCCAAGCUGAAGAGCACCUCGCGCUUGACGAGAACGUGGUCGAAAAGUCCCGCCGCCUGGCAUCGCUCGUUGGUCUGCAGGUCGCCCCGUCCCGCGAGUCCCUGAUUGAGGACUUGACUGUUCGCGGCAUUGCGCAGUUUGCUUCCCAAGAGCUGCGCGACCUGCUCCAGUGGCUCGAGUUUGAGUUCCACCCGCUCCACUGGAGCAAGAAGGUCGAGCCCAUCAUUGCUCGCAUCAAGAGCGACGCCCGCCUGCAGCAGUACGUUCGCCCGCUCCAGAACAUUAUUGUCAUGCGUCUGCUCCAGCAACUCGGCCAAGUCUACAACACGCUCAAGAUUUCGCACCUCCAGGCCAUG